AUGAUUUUUCAUUCCUUUAUUACUUCAUUAGUCAUUCUUUCAUUUAUUCUUGGCAUUCUGCUAUUUAUCACUUCUUCAUUUUUUCCUUCUUUAUUUUUUGGCCAUUUCCUCAUUCAGCAUUUUCCUUUUUCUUCCUCAAUAUUUUAUUUUUAUCUUCCCAUUCUAAUCUUGCUUUUCUUUUUUUCUUCAUUCAUUUUUAAUUUUCUUUCUUUUCCUUUUUUUUUUUUCCUCCAUAUUUUUUUCUUUCUAGCUAUUUUCCUUCAUUUUCCUUCAUUUUUCUUUUUACUUUCUCUAUUUCAUUCUUGUUAUAUCUCUUUCCUUUCACAAUUUUCUUUUUUUGUCUCAGUUUAUUCUCUCUUUUUGAUGGCAUUUUUUUCUUGUACGUUCUUUUCCCCUCUUUCUUUCUCUAUUCUUUCAUGUCAUUCUAUAUUUCCUCAUUUUAUUUACACUCUUUCUUUCUUUUUCUUUCUUCCUUUCUUUCUUUGUUUUAUACAUUGUUUUAGUUUUCUUUCUUUUUCGCGCUUUCAUUAUUUCUUCACGUCGUUCUAUAUUUCCUCAUUUUCUUUGCAUUCUUUCUUCAAUUUUCUUUCUUAUUUCAAUGUAUUUUCUCAUUCAUACCGUAAUUUUCAUUCUUUCGUUUUUUUUUUCUUUCUCCCUUUCUUACCUUCUUUCUUUGUUUUGUUCAUUUUUAGCUUUCUUUAUUUUUCCCUCUUUCUUUCUCUAUUUUUUAUGUCAUCCUAUAUUUUCUCAUUUUCUUCGCAUUCUUCAAUUUUCUUUCUUCUCUCAAUAUAUUUUCUCAAACUUAGCGUUAUUUUCACUCUUUCUUUCUUUCUUUCUUUCUCUCUUUCUUUCUUUCAUUGUUUUGUUGAUUUUUUAGUGUACGUUCUUUUCCCCUUUUUCUUUCUCUAUUCUUUCAUGCCAUUCUAUAUUUCUUCAUUUUCUUCGCAUUGGUUAUUCAAUUUUCUUUCUUUUUCAUUGUAUUUUCUCAUUCUUACCGUAAUUUUCACUCUUUCAUUCUUUUUUCUUUCUUUUUUAAUUUUUUUGUUUUCUUUCCUUUCUCCUCGUUCUUUCUCUAUUUCUUCAUAUCAUUCUAUAUUUCCUCAUUUUCUUCGCAUUUUUUUCUUCAACUUUCUUUCUUCUCUCAAUGGAUUUCCUCAUUCUUACCGUAUUUUUCACACUUUCUUUCUUAUUUCUUUCUUCCUUUUUUGUAAUUUUUUCUUUCUUUUCCCCACAUUCUUUAUCUAUUUAUUCAUGUCAUUCUAUAUUUUCUCAUUUUCUUUGCAUUGUUUCUUCAAUUUUCUUUCAUUGUAUUUUCUCAUUCUUACCACAAUUUUCCCUCAUUCUUUCUUUCAUGCUUUCUUUCUUUCCUUCUUCCUUACUUUCUUUGUUUUGUUGAUUUUUUUUUAG